AUGGCCGGUACAAGAAAUUACGACUUUUUGAUCAAAUUGCUGUUGAUCGGCGAUUCUGGCGUCGGCAAGUCAUGCUGUCUCCUGCGAUUUAGCGAAGACUCCUUCACCCCCUCCUUCAUUACCACCAUUGGAAUCGAUUUCAAGAUCCGUACAAUCGAGUUGGACGGCAAGCGAGUGAAACUCCAGAUAUGGGACACAGCGGGCCAGGAACGUUUCCGCACCAUCACAACGGCAUACUACCGUGGUGCGAUGGGAAUCCUCCUUGUCUACGAUGUGACCGAUGAACGAUCCUUCCAAAACAUCAAAACCUGGUUCUCUAAUGUCGAACAACACGCCAGCGAAGGGGUGCACAAGAUUCUCAUCGGAAACAAGUGUGACUGGGAAGAAAAGAGGGCCGUUUCCACCGAGCAGGGUCAACAGCUCGCCGACGAACUCGGCAUUCCCUUCCUGGAGGUCUCCGCAAAGAACAACAUCAACAUCGAAAAGGCAUUCUAUAGCCUGGCAUCCGAUAUCAAGAAGGGCAUGGACACUUCCAAGACCGAACAAAGCGGGACUUCGGGGGUCAAUAUAGACCAGCAGGGCUCGGGUUUGAAUGGUAGCAGCGGAGGAAAGUGCUGUUAG